UUAGUCAGUCAGUACCCCACAAUCGGUCUGGGUAAGUAACGACGGAUCGACAAACGCUAUUCAUAGAACGCCGGUCGCGACGCGCCGGUGUCAAAGUUCGAAUGAUCGAAGAAAACGAUAUUGUGAAUAACAAUAAUAAACUAAUAAUAGGUAUAUUGUUUAUUUAUUAGUUUGGCCAAUGAGUUUGUGACGUUUUUUCAAAAAAAAAAACCCAGGAUGUAUGAAGGAAUUGAAGGUGUCGUGAAGUAUCCCCGGGAGGCGACGAUUUUUGCCGCUUUUUGUGCUAUAGUUUUUUGUGUUUUUGGCGUUUUAGGUAACUUCAUAACGAUCCUCGCCCUAUGCCAAAGUACCAAAUUGAAAACCCACUGCACCACAGCAUUCGUGAUAUCGCUCUGCGUCUCAGAUUUGAUCUUCUGCGCAGUCAACUUGCCACUGACCGCUGCGCGGUACAUUUACGAAACAUGGAUAUUCGGAGAUGCUUUGUGUCAGCUAUUCCCGGUGCUAUUUUAUGGAAACGUCGCUGGAUCAGUCCUGAGCAUGACCGCUAUUGCCAUUAACAGGGUCGUGCUGAUCACACUAUACGAAUAUUACACAAAACUUUGCUCGAGAUUAUCCAUCUGUCUGCAGCUGCUGGGUACCUGGGUUAUAGCCCUUCUUAUAACGCUACCAUCAUUACUAGGAGUUUGGGGUAGACUGGGAUUGGACCCGUCCACAUUUUCCUGCACCAUAUUGCAAAAAGACGGAAAAUCGCCCAAGAAAAUCGUUUUUAUUUGUGGAUUUAUCAUUCCUUGCCUUGUGAUUAUCGUAUCGUAUUCUUGCAUAUAUUGGAAAGUGAAAACUUCUGAAAUUAGAACAAGGUCGCACGACCCAAUAAAAAACCAAAGAUCAGCAAAACGCGAACGAGACGAUCGACGCCUAACCAAACUGAUGGCCCUAAUAUUCUUCUGCUUCCUCCUCUGUUUUCUACCUCUGAUGCUGACGAACGUCUUCGAUGACAGAGUAACUUACCCGGUAUUCCACGUGGUGGCUUCCAUCUUAGCUUGGGCUUCAGCCGCCAUAAAUCCCUUAAUCUAUGCAGGAACCAACAAGCAAUACCGAUCAGCUUACAAGAAGCUGUUGCACAUGGUGAGGUCCAGCGUUACAGGUGCCCCAGCUGAAUCAGCACCUUUGACUAAUCCGUUGAGUUCUAAGCAAGACCCACAGAUUCAGAGGGACAGUAAUUGUAAGUUGAAGGAUAGUAGUAAUGUACUUUAAAGAGCUACUACAAGAGUACUUGCCUUUUUAAAAGGUUUAUAUUGGAUUGAACGUACCUUAAGAUAUUUAUGUAAAUGAAAAGAAAAGUCACAUAAUCUUUAGGAAAUUAUAGUAUCUCUUAGGUGUACUUGCCAGUAAAGUUACAUAAGUAUAAGAGGGCUUUGUUUUUGACAAAUUCAUGUGUACCAAGUGUCUCUAAUUUGAAAGUGACAACAGUGGAAACUAGAAAAUCGUAAAAGAUGCAUAAUAAAUUGGCGCAAAGUUGCGUGAUUUCUAAUGCAUAUUGAAAUCUGAUUCCUAUUCAGUUCCUAUCAAAAAAUCUUUUUAAUUUUUCCAAUAUGUUAUUUGAAGCCGUAGAGUAAAAAAUUACACUUUUCCCUGGAUAUUUUUUUGCCAUACUGAUUUAAAAUUAAAAAGAUUUUUCGUCUUUACGAGAAUAUGACCAACUUUUUUCUUCUUAUGGACGUCAUAUUAUAUUAUGAACAUAUUUGUAUCUUUUACGGUUUGUUACGUUUUCUGAAAUGAUCCAAUGGUUACGCUGUAAAUCUUUAAAUAAUGAUUCUUUUUCAUGUAAUAGAUAAUCUGUUCCCUUUCUCGGUUUAACUUACUAUUUGGUAAGUAAGAAACUUCGCAUAUGCUAGUCUUUGUAAAACCUACACGAGGUAUUUAGUGUUUAGAUUUUUUAGUAUUUAGGUUUUUCGUGCCAUAAAUGAAUAUGUAAAUAAUGUAGUGUUAGUUAGUUAAUCUUAUGUGUGUUUUUAGACGCCUUUGCUGAUAUUAUUUAUUUUUAAAAUAAACCUUCAGUAAAAGUAGAACAUUCCUAGAACAAAAAAAUAUUAUGUAAAAAGACUGAUGCAGACUCCUAAUUAAACCAAAUAAUAAUAACGCCGCUUUAGCGCCAGUAAGAGUUGUGAUAGUUUUUAUCAUACAGCACUAUUUAGGAUGCCAAAUGUAGUUGUAUAGUGUUUUUUAUACAUUUAUACUGUGUAUUAGUUUGUUUCUUGUUUAAAAAUAUAUAUAUAUUUUCUUUUGUAUAUAAGCUUA